UAGCACAAUGGAACCCUUUCCCCACUUAUGCCGAAUGAGUGAUGGGCCCCCAUCGAGACUGUCUGAUAAAUCAGCCAGCGCCCCCUCGCGUCUCACAUUCUUUGAUGCACACUCAGUCUGCUGUCAUCAGAAUUCCUGUUUUCCAGCUUCUUAGGAGCCCAAUACAAGUGACCUCGUGACGUUCGAGUCUCCCUCGUGAUCGAUCGUCUGUGGUGGAGAAUGUUAUGCUGGGACGUGCAAAAUCCGUCUCUAGUCUCUGAGAGUUCCAUUUUCUGUGCUUGUCUAGAUUCCGCGUCGUCUCUCCCAGGAUAGUUUGGGACAUUGCCCUCAGUGGCAAGGAACUUGGGUCGAAAGGGAAGGAGCUUGUUUGAAGUGAGGUUUAAGUUUUCGGCGGGACGAAGAGCUGCGAGUCGGGUGCAGCUCAACAAAACAGCGAAGCAUUAAGAGGAGUUAGUGUCGGAGCAGAGAACCGCUUGGAGGAGGAGGAGAAGGAGGAAGGGGGUUUAGCUUUGGUUGGCUGCUGUAGCUUGUCCAUUAAUUACAGCGCGUGGGAGGGUGCUUUCCACUGAGACUUUUAGUUUUCUGAGGAGUCAUAGCAUACAGUGUUUCAACUCCGCCGCUGAGAUUGAGGGAAAUUCUCUGAAACAGGGAGACGUCGCGAAACAAUCUAAGAGGAAGUCGUUUCUUCGCAAGAGCCUCGCGGGCAGAUUCUUGACAAUACUUUGCACAGCAAGGAGAAGGUGAGCAAGAAUGCUCCAAGUCGACGACGUCUUGAGUGCGGGGAAAUUCGGCAGUCUGGCGGCUUCCCCCAUCAGUGUAUUGGACCCGAGCAUGGCCAAUUGGUCUUGGGAUUCGACCACUCCGCUGGUCAGUCAGCAUGGGUCGCCAUUACGAGGAUCCCCGUUGAGGUCAUGUAGUUCCCCUAGCAGCGAUGCAACGCACAAUCAAGAGCAUGUGUCGCAGGAGCCGUUGUUUGGUUCUAUGCGAGGCAGAGGCGGGGCGAUGGAGACUAGCACUCCCGCAAGGACCAGACCUCUUGUUGAAGCGCUAAAAAAUUGCCUCACGUCGCUGCCUCACUCCACCCACACAGGCGACAGGGCCGGUCUAUCAUCGAACAAUCCUAGUGGUGCCACGCCCACAACUUCUAGAAGCGGCGGCUCAACUUCGAAUCCCCUUGGACCCACGAAGCCAGCAUCGAAGCGGCGGUCGCGAGCUUCACGGCGCACGCCGACCACAGUGCUAGAGACCAAUCCGAGUGAGUUCCGCGACACAGUCCAGAGACUGACCGGGAUCCCUUCCAUGCCAAAUCAAAACACUGCACCUGUGCGACCUCAACCAAAGCGGCCCAAUCCUGGCACCUUCUUGAGACCCGAUGCCUUACGAUCCAUCCGACGACUGCCUCCGAUUUCCUCGCCGCCUCCUCUACUAAACCCGUUCAUGAACGGCCGAGUUCCUUCAAUGAAUCCUGCAACCCAUAUAUCCUUCCUGCAGCACCUGCAACGAAUCGCAUCGGAGCAAGUCAUGCCGCAGUUACCCAAGCGAGAGCCUGAGGGAAGUAUUCCGCUGACGUUCUUCGAAUCCGAUGGAACCGAUCCAUCGCUCGUCAUGCCGGUACCCUCUAUGCCAUCGGAACAAUGGUGGACGGACCCCGAUUCAUCUGGGAUCAUCUCGAACCCCAGAUCGCCCAGGUCCAGGCUCAACGACAAUUUUGCAGAGAGGAGUAUGACAAGCGAGUCGAUGUCUUUGGAUUACUUUACCAAGUUUGCCGAUCAAUCUCCGACCGUGCCAAUGACGCUGGAGGAUCCGAGCGACAAUUUCGUGGAGAAUUGGUUGUGCAGCCAGGACUACUCAGCAGGAGAGAAUCAGUCAUGCGCAUGAUUUGAUCUUAACGGGGGAGCUCUCGCUCUGAUGUCGAGAUCACUGCUCCCCCACCCUUCGCAUAGAUUAGCUUCACACUUUUUUUGUAAAUUCUUGAGAGGAAGUAGUGUGAGGCAGGCAUUGAGCUACCCCACUUCGCGUUCUGUACAGAUUUUUUUCUCAAAUUCCAACGGUCAGCUUUGCGCUGCACCUCUUCCACAAAA